AUGCAGAACCACGCUAGCUUUUUUUCAUAUGUGAUUGCUGAGAAGAAAGGAGUAUCAACGACUGGAGCGGUAGUUCAUGGAAGACAAGAAAAGGAAAAAAAGAAGAAAAAAGGAAAGGGAAGCCUCUCAGAAGGUUGCAGAGCAAAAGAACAAAGUGCUAGAUUGACCAAGCAGGCGUCUGCCCAUCCACCUGCAACUCAGAGCAGCUCUGCCUCUCCCAGCCCUGGACCCACCCCCUCUGCAUCCCCAUCCCCAGCCACUUCAGGCCCUGGCAGUGCUGCCGCCCAGUCACAGGGUGGUAACAAUGCCAAGCGCCUUGCUGUGGCCAACGGACAGCCCGCCUCCAGCGCCAGUUCUUCCUCUGCCACGGGCAGCACAAGUGUUCCAGGGAACGGAAUCAGUAGCGGAGGUGCGGCCCAGGCGCCUCAGCAGCAACUCGCUAUAUGCCGAGAAGAAGUGCCGCCGAGAUUCCGCUGCCAGCAGGACCAUAAAGUGCUACUGGAAAAGGGGUCAGGCCCACUGUCCUCCAUGCUGCUGGGAGGGGGAGGAGGAGGGGAGCCCCCCAAUGCAAACAUAGCUGCUAACAUCAGGUAUGAGUUACUCACGGUUUGGUUGACUGCCUGCCUGAAAUUGCCAUUUACAACUGGAGGAGGGAGCGGCGGCGGCGGCAGCAGCAGCAACAACGGAAUGCCUGUGAACAGCACGAGUGCCUCUGGCAACCAAUCCUCAUCCACUUCCUUGUUCUCUUUGCCCAAUGAAUGUAUGCAGUCGUCCGGUAGUGUGGCAUGGGGGGCGGCUGCCGCCCAGGGCCAUCUUGGAGGAGGGAAUGCAGUAGCUUCAGCUGGGCCUCUAUUACAGCAGUCCUCCUCAGUUUCCAAAGCCGCCGCUGUGCCAGGAAGCCAUGAUGCCAGUGGCCUCGCUGAUGGGAGCAGUGGUAUUCCGGGUGCCAACUUUAAUCCAAACGCCAACCCUUCGGCCUGGCCUGCCCUGGUGCAACAGGAGGGGCCCGGCGUUGUCGGGGAAGGACCUUCGGCGUCCUUCCAUCACCAGGGCCCCGGAGGGGACUUAUCUGCCAACCAUUCUGCUUCCGUAGGGCUAAAGGCGGGGGCAGUCGGGGUGCUAGGCGGUCACCAAGCUUUGUCUGUGAAUCAAUCAAGCACUCAUCAGCACCAACUUCACCAAAUGCAAUCUAGAGACCGAGAAAUGGCAGAGGGCAAGUGGGAUAGUGAAUCAGCGGGACCAAAAAAUUGCAGGAGACGAAGGAGCCGCGGGAGGAACGGAGGCGACGGAGACCACAAUCCUUCUUCCUCGUGGAGGGGCCAACCCUCUUACCCUGCAUCCAACUCCAAAACGGGUGCCUCAAGGACUGAUGGAUGGGAGGGCAGAGAGGGUGCCACGGGGGCAUACAGAGCUGCUGAGGGUGAUAACGGGUCUUCGGGUUGGGGUUAUCCGGGGCCCUCUCGUGGGGUUAAUACUUGGGGGAGCGCUGGAAAUGAUAGUCAAACUGGGGUAUCUCAGGGAGGGUGGGGGACAUCUGGAGUAGAAAAAGGGGUGUCUAGUGUGGACUGGGGUGGGAGUUCCUCCAGCACUGCUGGAGUUAAUCCUGGAGAAGUGAUGGGAGGAGCCUGCAGCAGUAACAGCAGCAGUAGCGGAUGCAGCACAGCCGGCAAUCCUCCCGUCACCUCAACGGCAAUGAACAGAGCUUGGGACAAUCAGAAGGGAGAGGGGGAAACGGGGGAAUGGAGCGAGGGAGGACACGGAGCACGGGGAGGGUCUUUAUCCAGCGGUGGGAAUUCCAGAUGUGAAAGGGAGCCCAACGGCAGUCGUUCCCGGCGUCCGCCACCCGAUACUGAAGCUGCCUUACAAAACCUGCUCAGCCGUCCUGAUCUCGAUCCAAGGGUACUGUCAAACACAGGCUGGGGCCAAACGCAGAUCAGACAAAACACAGCUUGGGAUCUUGGUGGUCAAGCCGAAUACAAUAAGAGCGCACUCUCAUCAACCUCUUCCAAACACCCAGCUUCUCUCGGCAAUUCUUCUCAGUAUUCUUCUGGACCCAGAAUCCCGAUGGGUGAUUCAAAUGGACCAGGGGUCCACCCUCCCUUGCUUUCUUCUGCUGGCUCUUCCGGGGAGGCCUGGGAGACCAGCAGCAGCAGCAGUAGCAGCGGUGGGGCCUCUUUAUUCCGGGAGAGCCCACCUCCUUUGGCCCAAACAGUACUGGUGGUGGGUCAGGAUCGCUGGGACAAAACCAGCAAGGGAAGCCUACUGGCUGGGGUGCAGGAGGGACGGCGGAUAAUCAGGAGACCAAAGGGUGGGGUAACGAAGAAUGGAGAACCAAUCGAGGAAAUGGUGGCGCUUGGAGUGCUAUGGGGCAACAAGGUAACCUUGCGAGUACAGGCUGGGGAGGAAAUGAUGAGAGGGGAGCAGUCGGGUGGAAAGAAAUGGGUGGGGAAGGACGAGGGGGUGGUUGGGGCUCAGGGCACAAGGUUGGGGCAGGUCGGGACUGGGGCGAACAGGAGUCCAAUCAAUAGCGGCGGCGCGCAGGAUGGGAAAAUGAGCCGAAGAAUGGCGGAAGGAACUCAGGUGGGGGGGAUUCAGGCGCGGGUGGUGGGGAAGCUGGGACGAGGAUGCUCCGCGGAGAUCCUGGGGUCCAGGGGGCACAGGGGCGGAGGGAGUGGCGCAGUUGGCGUCGCUGGGUCCAAACCCCAUCAGAGUUGGAGCGGAGGAAAUAAAAUGCAACAGAUGCCAAACAGCCAGUCAGGCUCUAUCACAGGCCUACAGGCACAACUGCAGCAGCAACAAUCACAAGCCCGCAAUCAGACGCCACAGCUGCAGCAAGCAUUGGACCAAGGGGCUAUGCAAGGGGUGGAAGUGGAUCUGACCAAGUGGUGGGAGGAACCUUCCCCGCAGUCUUUAAGCAGGAAGAAUGAGAUCGAUGACGGAACGUCAGCAUGGGGAGACCCCACCCAUUACAACUACAAACCGGUUAAUCUGGGGAUAAGAACAGCACCCCUGCUGGUCAGCACCAGCAGCCACAUGCUCAACAACCCUCCAACACAGCAGCUAAAUAGACCUGGUACGGGACCCGGAGGAGGCAGCAUGGACUUCAACACUAGUCAUGGACAAGGAAAGGUUCUCCCAUGGUCUAACCGUAUAUGUGUGUCUGCAGGUUCCUCAGGUUGGGGUGGUACACCUCCAGCUAGUCCCACAGUAGACAACGGCAACGGCUGCUUGGGGAAAAAACUACAGAUGCCCCUUCUGGCUGGGGGGAACCUGAUGACCUGGUGCCAAAACGGCUGGGGAAACCCUCCCCCCAAUCCCAUCAAAUCUGGUUCCAAGUCUAUGCAAGACAGCUGGGGGGACAAAGAAGGCUCCGUCACAGCUUCGCGUCAUUCGAGCUGGGAGGAAGAGGAGGAGGGCGGGAGCAUGUGGAACAGCACCGGCUCCCAGGGUAGUGGUCGUCUUGGGGACAGGGUAGCAAUGGCGGCUGGGGACAGAAGCCACAAUGUCAAGAAGCCUAGCAACAAGGGUCCGCUCAAGGUUGGCGGGGAUUCCUGGAUGAGCCCAAUCAACAGACAGUUCUCUAAUAUGGGGCUUCUGAAUGACGAUCCGAGCGGUCUGAACAUUGACCUGGCUCCAGGCGCUCUCCAGGAGAAGAAGAUGGAAAUGGACAAAAGAGCCAUGGGAAUGAUGGACUACAACGGAGACAUGAGGAAAGGAAGAGGGAGGAGGGAGGGGGCGGCAGGCUUAUCGCUCGCCCAUUCCAAAGAGUCAGCACCUGGGGAUGCCGCUUCUUUUUACGACAAGGGUGGUCAUAGCCUCCUCGGCAGUAGUGGAGGGAUGUCUCAGCCCAGACACCAGCCCAAUAUUCCACCCAUGAACCAGUCCCCAGGGAUACGAGCACAAGUGCCUCAUCAGUUCCUGUCACCUCAGGUGCCAGGCUCCAUGCUGAAGCGAUGCCCCCUCCCAGCGGGAGCGUGGGGGGUGUUGGCGGUGUGGGAGGAGUCAGGAGUCGGCGGCGGCGGCGUGUUCCCUCCUCAGCUGUCCCCCCAACAUAUAGCCAUGCUCAGCAGCAUCUACCCACCGCACAUCCAGUUUCAAUUGGCUUGUCAGCUCCUCCUCCAGCAACAACAGCAGCCACAACAGCAGCUGCUGCAAAACCAGAGAAAGUUUCCGCCGAAUGUGCGGCAGCAACCUGACCCUCAACAGUUGGCCAGGAUCAUGGCAGUACUCCAGCAGCAACGGCAGCAGCAGCAAGUCGGGAGUUUAGGUGGCAGCAUCAAGCUCUCACCCUCCCACCAUGGCGGAAGUGGUGCCAAAUUACACGGGGCUGACACUUUGCCCCACCAGGGCCUGGCAGGUUCUGUGGCUGACCUCCAUCAGAAAACGCUUGGACCCUACUCGAGCUUUAGUUCUGGUAUGAACCUCACUGGUAUGGACCUGGGUGGCUCUGUGGUGGGGGGGCCCGGAGGCAUGAAGGACAUGGGAGCUCAACAAUCUCGUUUCAAAUGGAUGAUGGAGGGGCACUCCUCGCCAGACACACCCUCACCUGAAAAUGCAUUCCACAAAAAUGGUCCUGUCAACCCCAUGAAGAUGCCGGGGGGCUCGCCCUACUCGCAGUACGACAUGCUUGUUGGAGACGCGCAAGGCAGCACCAAUUGGCAUCGCACCCCUGGCAAGAUGAGUGCCAAGCCCACCACUACGGCCAGCUGGCCCCCCGAGUUUCAACCUGGUGUGCCCUGGAAAGGAAUAGAUCGGGUCGACCCCGAAUCGGACCCCGACAUGACUCCGGGGAGCAUGAUGGGGAACACCGUCUCUCCCGGCCUCAAUGACUCUGAGCACCAGUUGUUACAAGACAAUACUGAUUCCAUCCCUCCCCUCAACACCUUACUGCCUUCACCCGGUGCCUGGCCCUACAGUGCCUCAGAUGCCCUUAACAACGCACACAACUCAGCAAAGUACACAGACUAUAAGACUGGAUGGCCCCCCGAGCCCAUUGGGCACAAGUCCUGGAAAGCCAGUCGCGGCAGCAGCCAGGCGCAGCUGUCCCGCCCACCUCCAGGCUUGGCCAGUCAAAAGCAGAUAUCGCCUACCCCAUGGUCAGGCGGUGCUCCUCGACUGGCUGGCAGGGCAUGGAGCAGUGGCUCAGGCACCGCUGGCUCAGCUUGGAGCGACGGCAGCUCUCGUGAAAGUUGCUGGCUGGUGCUCAGCAAUCUCACGCCGCAGAUUGAUGGCUCCACGCUUCGAACCAUCUGCAUGCAGCACGGCCCCCUACUGACCUUUCACCUCGGCCUGACCCAGGGUAGCGCACUUAUCCGCUAUGGCUCCAAACAGGAAGCAGCCAAAGCCCAGAGUGCCCUCCACAUGUAUGUGCGUUCUGGGCACACCACCAUCUUGGCAGAGUUUAUGAGUGAGGAGGACGUGGCCCGAUACAUUGCACAUUCCCAGGCUGGAGGCUCGGGGAGCGGAGGCGCCGUCUCUGCCACCGCCCCGGCGGCAUCUUCGGCGGUGGGGACAAACGGUAGCGGGACCACCUGCGAUCUCGCUGCAGGAGGAGGAGGAAAUGGCACAGGCGGAAGCAGCAAGGAGGGUCUCCAGCAGGGACGGUCGUACCCGGGGCAGCUGGGCAUUCCGAAUCCACGUGGCAGAGCCUGGAAGGCAGCGGCAGCUCAUCGGACCAGUCGGCCCCAUCCGCGCCCGGCUUGGGCAUCUUCUCCCAGUGGAGCGGCAACAGCGGCGGGGGGGGUGGAGGCUGGAAGGCAAGGUCUGUGGGGGGGUAUGGGUGGCAUGAGCGGGGCCGGGUACCCCGGUAGUAGCCUCUGGGGUUCGCCAGCACUUGAAGAUCGUCAUCAGAUGGGCAGCCCGGCCUCGCUGCUGCCCGGGGACCUUCUGGGCGGGGGCGCCGACUCGAUCUGAAGGGCCCUGCUUGACACAUUGAAAAAAAGUCAUUGUCACAACCUCCCGCUCUAUUUAUUUCCACACACACAUGAUGUGAAUUGAAGCUACACUGGUCUCCCGUCACACAGGCUACAUGCAAUACAUUCGCUAUUUCACUCAUGAAAUCAUCAAUAUUAAAUGAAGACCACAGUGAAACUUGAAGCGGAGGGACUCUCGGACCGAGCUGGGUAUUUCUGUCUUUUUACUCCACGACCAGAUCACUCAGGCAUGUACUGUAGACGGGCUCAGCCGAGUCCCACAUGUCAACGCGUUUAGCUCUCGCUGUUCUUUGUGUGCCACACUCGUCUUCCCCGCCGCCUCCCCUUCUCGAGCCCCACCCCCCUCCUCGUCUUUUUGUAUUUAAUGUCGACGACUUGCAGACUGAGCCCUCUUAGACCCGGUGUACUUCUCUUAAGUUCUCAUGUUCAGAAGUUUGAAAGUGACAAAAGGAAUCCGGAGUGUGUUGUGGCAAAUGCGGGAUGACCUCGCUUCGCUACCGCUUUCAACUGGACCAGUGGCAACCUUUUUAGAGAAGUAGAGGAGCAUUUUUACUCUGUACCAACACCUCUACCUUGGUGGAAAUGCCAUCAACAUGGGGCCCAGGGUUGAGAAGAAGAAAAAAGAAAAAAAAAGAAAAAAAAAAACCUAAAAAUUAGCCAAACUUGCACUAUAUGCCUCUGGGGUUUGUUGUUGACUCGUCCAAUACAAAUCCUUCCACAACUCGACAUUGACCUUACAGGAUGACUUGUAAUGUUACAUCAGCAGUGGCCUUGGCCCACCUGCCCUCACACAUACACACCAGUUACACACUGCUCUUAGGUUUGACAAGCAAAACUCUUAUCUCCUCGUGGAUGUACAUCAGUCGUCUCGGUUUGAAGAGAAACGUGAAACUUUGUAGAGAUCUCUUUGUUCCCCAUUGAAACACUGACCUCGCUAUUGUAUUUUUUUUUUUUUUCUUUCUUACUCAAAAGAAAUCAAGUUGGUUGUUAUUAUAUAUUGUCCUGAUGUUAAUGCUGACUUGGGUCACUUAUUGACUUGCUGUUCAAGGUGCCCUCCUUGCCUGCCUUGUGUGUGUGCAUGACAGGAGAGUUGACGGUAUGACCGAAUGGAGGAUGAAGAAAGUAUCAGGAGUGUUUAUGUGAGCGUGCGUGCGUGCGUGUUAUUGCUACAAUGUUGAAUGUUAUUUUUGUGCGGGAGAGAUUCAUCCAAGCGUGUACGCAGGCACUUGCUUUUGAACGCUUACCUGCUUCGGUCAGGGAAGUGAAUAGAUGUUUAUCUGACAGCUUGGCUUUUCGGAGUGUUUGUAUGUGCGUGCGUGACCACCAGACAUUGUGAUAGCUAAAAAGUUCAAAAAUAUUGGCACUAUUGCAUAUGUCUCUUAAUUUUUUUUUUUUUUAGCAGCAUUUUGUUCAUGUUUGUGUUUUUUUUUUUUUUUUUUUUUUUGGUUAUUGCAAUUUGAGGAGCAUUUGUUUUUAAGACGAAGCAACUAACUGAAGGCAUUUCUAUUCAAAUGCCCAAAUCCUACCAUACCAAGCUCAGCUGGAAACAGUGUUUUACAGACACGUUAAAGAUAGUAGCUGUUAUGUUUGACUGUUUUCUUGUUUUGAUGUUAUGUGACAAUUUAAAUUAAGUCGGUCUUUAUCACUCCUGUUCAGGAUGUUUUCAUUUAUUCAGAUGUUACAAAAAGGAGAUGAAAUUAAUUUAAAGUGGAAAAGAACAAGAUAAUAAAGGUUCAAAUGAGGUA